AUGUCAAAUUUGCCUACAGCCACCAAGAGUGAUAUAGGAGAUAUUUUGAAAUUAUUUCAAGAGGUGAAAUUGCUAAAAACACAGAAGGAAUUAUUCAAUUUGAACGAGCUAAUUCGUCUCGCCAAAAGAAAUACCAAAGGAAGUGCAUUUAACCUAGAACCUGGAGUAUCAAAGUCAAGCUUCAUUCUGAAUCAUUCUACUAGAAAACUUGCCAAUGCAGAUAAACUCAAGGAGCGCAUUACAAAAGCCAAAGAAUAUCGUGUAUACAACUCUCAUAAAGGAUAUACUAAUCUCGUUAAAAGGACAGAUGCUCAACUUGAAGAGUUGUCCAAAUAUGAAGGUGGUACAUUUUUAAGUUAUAUAUUAGUAAUACUAGAGACUUGCGUUUUUUCAUUUGUUAGGUAG